AUGAAUCCAACAGAAGCCCCACCCCAGAUUCCACUACGUAUGAGGAACCUGCCUGCCUCUUUUUUCAAACCUCCAGACCCGACGCAACAAAAGCCCCAUAGCGGCAGUCGUGAAGGCAGCACAGAGUCCACGACGACGGGGCCCGGUGGUACUGGUGGCGGUACCAGCGGGUUGACCAUUGCCCACCCGCGGGCCCAUUCCUCUCCGGCAAGUCUCACCCAGACUCUCAGCGCGGCCCCUCCUCCGUCAUCCCAGCAUGUUAGACAACAUAGUUAUGAUCUCACAGACGAACAGCCCCUACCCCCGGGAUGGGAAAUGGCCAAAACUACUCAAGGACAUCGAUAUUACCUCAAAAGCAGAGAGACAGAUACAGACAGACACAAGGACUUGCAGAUUCAGCCCAAUCACCUAGAUCAGUCAACAACUUGGCAUGAUCCCAGGAAAUCACACAGCACAUCUGUACUGAACAGUCAACAACCAAACCGACCACAGUCACAGCAGUCGCCACCUGCCCAAAUACAAAACAUAGGGCCUCUGCCACCAGGCUGGGAGCAAGCAACAACUAAUGAGGGCGAAGUCUACUUCAUCAAUCACGUUGAGCGGACAACAAGCUGGUAUGACCCACGAAUUCGUAAGUCACAUCAAAAACUUUUUCAUUCAUUCUCUCUUCCCACCCCUGUAUUCCGUUUUCUCCCUCUUCCCUUCCCCACCCCUGAUGUAUUCCGCUUUCUCCCUCUUCCCUUCCCCACCCCUGCUGUAUUCCGCUUUCUCCCUCUUCCCUUCCCCACCCCUGCUGUAUUCCGCUUUCUCCCUCUUCCCUUCCCCACCCCUGCUGUAUUCCGCUUUCUCCCUCUUCCCUUCCCCACCCUGCUGUAUUCCGCUUUCUCCCUCUUCCCUUCCCCACCCCUGCUGUAUUCCGCUUUCUCCCUCUUCCCUUCCCCCCACCCCUGCUGUAUUCCGCUUUCUCCCUCUUCCCUUCCCCACCCCUGCUGUAUUCCGCUUUCUCCUCUUCCCUUCCCCACCCCUGCUGUAUUCCCCCCAAACACACACACACAUUCUCUUUCCUAUAAAUUUGGGAGGAGUAGUGUAGCUUUAGACAACCAUCUAUUCCCUUCGUAA